CUUCCCACAAAAUGUGCAUCAAAUGUUUGAUCGUGUUGCUGCUGCUCUUUCUACCCUACGGACUGGGCAGUGGCAAAUAUUGCGAUCUGCCCGCAUGCGGCGAAAAUAAUUUGGCCUGCGACAACAAAGGCCAAAUCAACUCAAAGUGUGUGCCAAAUACACGCAUCGUGCCCAUGACUGUCUACCGCAAUUCGCUGCUGAGUGUCUUCAAUGAUUUUCGCAACAGUGUGGCACGCGGGGAUCGGCGACUCAAGCCAGCGGCACGCAUGGCCAAGAUGAGUUGGUCCACGGAACUGGAGCACAUGGCCAAGCUGUCGGCCAUCUCCUGCAGCAUGGACAAGUUCUGCCUGAGCACCGAGAACUUCUACUAUGUGGGCUCCAUCUUCGAUGCGUUCAAGUAUCCGGGCCGAGUGUACGAAUACGAGGAUUACGAGAUUAUUCUAUAUCUGAUCAGUGGGUGGACCAACAGACUGGCGGAUAUCUCCUUGGGCAUGGUCAUUUAUAUGCCGGAUUAUGUGGCGGAUAUGAAAAUCCUCAACGCUGCGCUGCUCAUUUCGGAGGCCAACACCCACGUGGGCUGCACGGCCAUGCGCUUCACCUUUGCCAGCUUUCAUCAUUUUGUGCUCGUGUGCGCCUUCAGCACGGAUGUCUUUAUCAAUCGGAGCCUGUACAAGCUGUCAGCCUCGCCGGGCAGCGCCUGCAAGCGGCGCGACUCCACAUACCCCGCGCUGUGUGCCGCUGGCGAGCGUUACCACAAUGAGCGGCCGCUGGCCAAUGCCACGCUGCUGCAGCCACCCGGUGGCAAUGCCAUGAUACAGCGUAAUCCAGAUUUGGCCACCUUUUAUAAUUACAAUUUGUACAAUUACGGCUGAGCAAAGGAAAGCUUU